UUGAGCCACCCAUGCUUUCGCUUCUUCCGAAUUUCUAAAAUAAAAUAAAAAUAAAAACACUGAUACGGUAGCGGCCUGAUUUUUUUUGUUACUGCUUUUUUUGUUGUCGAUUUAAUUUGUGUUCUAAUUUCGUGAUUGCAAUGAGUUUUAAAGUUUGCCGACCAACUGUUUGAUGAAAUGGAAUCCUUAUGAAAGUGAUCAUCGGCUUAGUUGUUGACUCCUUAUUUGUCAGCUGUCGGCAACCGUACACCAUAAUGCAGAGUAUAAACGGGACAGUUCGUGUUUUUCGUAAAUACCCAUUGGCUAGAUCUCUCUGGGCUCGCAAUUCUUGCUCAAAAUUAUUUGUUGGAGGGCUUUCAUAUGAUACCAACGAGACUGUUUUGAAGAAUGCUUUUGAAAGGCAUGGUGAAAUCAUUGAAGUUCGUGUUAUUGCUCAUCAUGUGAGUGGGAAAUCAAGAGGGUAUGGGUUUGUGCGUUUCACUUCUGAAUCUUCAGCCAUUGCUGCUCUUAAGGAAAUGCAUUCCCAGGUAUUGGAUGGUCGAAAUAUUCGGGUUGAAUUCGCACGCGAGGGAUGAUUGAUUGGUAUUUAUCAUUCAAGAGGUUUGAUUUCUUCCUCGUUGGUAGUUAUUGAUUUUCAUUCAAUCAAUGUAGGAAAACUUGGUUUCAUGUGUUGAGUCUGUGAAUUAACUUACCAAAUGUCUUUGAUGGGGAUGACUUCCUAUUUGAUACCUGAGAACUUUGUAACACAUUUUGAACUCUUUUCAAAUGAAUCAGACCUCCCCAGUUGGAUUUGAUUCAUUUGAACCCAUCUCAUGCACUAAUAAAGUGGAUGAAAAAACCUAAUCCUCGGAACAACGCAGUUUUUGUAGUAUAUAUAUAGUAUCAUGUGCUUCAAGUCUUUGACAACCAAUUUCACUUCAGUUGCUUGUGGUUGAAUGCAUUUCUCGUUUAUUGAAGGCAGAGUUUAUAUAUACCUUACGUUUUGAUGAUUGCAACUCGUGGCACAGUUUAUUAUUCUCAACUGUCUCCUCACCAUCAGCAUAUAUCAGAUAUGGUUUUAAUUUUGUUAUAGCAUAGCCAUAAUUCUGAAUCGAAUAUGAUGUUAGCGGCCUUAAUUGGGAUCCAAUUCUGUAUUUGAAAGGGAAAAGCAAAUUUUCCCUGGAUAACUCGGGUGAAUGAUUUUAGAAAUAUGACAAAAAGUGUGGGGAGUUGGUACUUAUUCUCAAUCAGCGUCUCCAUAAUUCUAAUUUUGUGCUGAGGAUUAUACUUAUGUUUUGCCUAUGAUGUUUGAUCUCAUGAAAUGUCUGUGCAAUUGGCUGCCGGCGUUUCCUGUGGGCUAGAACUGGUGCACCAGAGGCAGCGGUACGGCCUUCCCGGUCUUCUCUAAUGCCCACAUCAGAUAUGUACCAAGUGUCUCUUGCUGUUCUAAAACUUGCUCUUAAUAGGUGAACCCCAGCCUCAGGUGGUUAAGACUCGACAUGCUUGAGAUCCUUAUAUAUGAAUUGAAA